UCACGUUGUUAGUAAUUAAGAUUCAAAUUCAACAGUUCCUUUGUAACGUGAUAACAGUAACAGCGUCAAUAAUGGCGAACAAUAUAGAUACCUCAAAAUUUAAAGAAACAAAGCAGCAACUUCUGGACACGGAUUACGAUUUUAAACAGGCUUAUAUAUUAAAAGAUGAAUUGGUUGACUAUUUUGAGAAAGCUACGGUAGAAGGUACAAUCAUUAAAGAGCGUUUAGAAGAAAUAAACGAUCGUAUGCGUACUUACUCGCAAUUUUUAGAUUACAACCGUACCAGAAUGACAAAUCCAGCGUUUAAAGCAGAGUUUAAAGUGGUGCAUGAUGCGUUCAACCAUAUAAGACAUAAAUACGAAAACUUGUCCAAAAACCAUAAAUUGUGUUACGAUGGUCUCAGGCAUCUGAAAGAUACUAUAAAACAGCUAGAUAGUUUGAUUAUAAAAGCAGUCAAUGAAAAAAUUGAAAAAGAUCAAUAUAUGUCAAAAAUUCUUGAGGAAGUCAAUGAAUUAGUCGAGUUGGCGUUUAUUAGAGCGUGCAACAUUGAACUUUUUCAACAAAAUAAUUCAGAUUAUCAGAUUUUCUUAUCUAAAGUGAACAGAUUCGAUGAUUUAAUGAAUGAUAUACGUGGUACAAUAUAUGCGAAAUUUGGUUUCCCAAAGCACUGAGCAACAACUACAUUUUUAUUCAUAACUUAUUUUAGAAACAUGCCAAAAAUUGGUUGCUUUGAAUUGAAAAAGUUUUUUGACUUCGUUAAAAAUUAUACAAUUAUAACCGUGUAUAUUUAAUGUAUGCAACGUUUGGUGAAGCAAUCGACUAUGACUUAUUUGUUACGAGUGAAUACAGAAUAUGAAAAAAAAAAAAGUGAGCGUUCAGGCUCGUUUGAAAAAACCUUUAGUGUUGAAGUUAAUAUUUAUGGUGUGAUGGUAUGAGUUUUAUUAUCCUUAUAUACGUAUAUUUAAAUAUUAGCAUUAUCGCACGAAACAUGGCUAAAUUUUUGGUUUAGUUUUAAUCUAAUAAAUGUCAAAUGAAAUGUGGAUGUUUCAAACGUA